AUGCCUAAGAACAAGGGAAAGGGAGGCAAGAACCGAAGACGUGGAAAGAACGAAAAUGACAAUGAGAAGCGAGAACUCACCUUCAAGGAGGAGGGCCAGGAGUACGCACAGGUCGUGAAGAUGCUCGGAAACGGCCGCCUGGAGGCGCAAUGCUUCGACGGAACCCGCAGACUCGGCAACAUCCGCGGCAAGCUUCGCAAGAAGGUCUGGAUUAACCAGGGCGACAUCAUUCUGCUGUCGCUGCGUGACUACCAGGACGACAAGGGCGACGUCAUUCUCAAGUACACAGCCGACGAGGCUCGUUCGCUCAAGGCAUACGGCGAGCUCCCCGAGACCGCCAAGAUCAACGAGACGGACAACUUCGGCGGCGGCGAGGACGGCGACUGCGGCUUCGAGUUCGACGAGGACCGCGACUCGGACAGCGGUGACGAGGGCGGUGCCGGAGGCAAGGAGGUGGACAUCGACGACAUCUAA